ACGGUUAGAAUUGGGCUGUAUCCCUCCCUCGCGUCUUCUCUUUCGGCCCCGCCUCUCGGGCUCCUUGCCGCGACGAGCAGCCCCUCUUUUUCGCCCAGUGGUUCGGGUGAGGGAGGGGGGGGGGGGUUGCCGGCUGUGUCUGCGUCUGCUCCAGCGAGCUCUGAGGGGAUUCCUCCUCCUCCUCCUCCUCCUUUUUUCUCUCUCAGCCGUGCGCGCGCCUGCCAACGCUUCUGGGAUAACGAUGCAGUUUAUGUUGCUUUUUAGUCGCCAGGGAAAACUGAGACUUCAAAAAUGGUAUGUCCCAUUAUCUGACAAAGAAAAGAAGAAAAUCACAAGAGAACUUGUUCAAACAGUCUUAGCCCGUAAACCGAAAAUGUGCAGCUUCUUGGAAUGGAGAGAUCUGAAGAUAGUCUAUAAAAGAUAUGCAAGCCUCUAUUUCUGUUGUGCCAUUGAAGAUCAAGAUAAUGAGUUAAUAACCUUGGAAAUAAUUCAUCGUUAUGUAGAAUUACUUGAUAAAUAUUUUGGAAGUGUUUGUGAACUUGAUAUCAUCUUUAAUUUUGAGAAGGCUUAUUUUAUUUUGGAUGAAUUCCUCUUGGGAGGAGAAGUUCAAGAGACCUCCAAGAAAAAUGUUCUUAAAGCCAUUGAACAGGCAGAUCUAUUACAAGAGGAAGCAGAGACCCCUCGUAGCGUUCUUGAAGAGAUUGGACUGACUUAAAUCUUUUCUGGUGUCUUUACAGUGUCCCAUAUAAGUGUAAAUCUUCACUGCCUCCAUGUAAUGUUAGCUAAUGGUGUUAUGAUGCUAUUCGUCAGUAUUAUUGUUCUGCUAAGCUACUUAUAUUCAGGUCUAUGAGAAAAAAUCUAUUUAUUAUAAAGUUAAAAAGGGAGCAAAAUUUUUAAACCUUUUAAAAUUGGGGAAGGGGUUUUACAGCAAUUUAAGCCAUGUUAGUUUUAAAAUAUUGAUUCAUAGAUGACAAUUUCAAUAAUUAUUUUUGUGAAUCAUUUUGCCAAAACAAUGUAUCCAAUACUGUAGUUUGUGUUAUAUGCUGAAAACUAUUACAUGUGGUAAUGUGAAAUGUGUUAACAAAGGGACUUGGCUUUGUAUAUAGCCAAAGACUUUUAUUAAGUCAUUUUAAGUUGUCACAGAAGAUUAAACAAGUAUUUACAGCUGUUUUAUUUAUACCAAAGAAUUAUAUCAAGAUUUCCAAAUCAAACUAUUGUAAGCUGUCAUGACAUUCAUUUCUAAAGUCAGUUAUAAGCAUUGUAAAAACUCCUUGGAAUGAAAUUCCAACUUGAAUUAAUAUUUUGCAAAGGGAAUAUAAAUUGAAGUUAUAUAAAGUGCGUCAGUUUUUAUAAUCCUAAGUAUUGAAAUUGUCUUUUCAAAAGGAUAAAUUCAGUAUUGAAAUACACUUGACAAAAAAAGAACUGUUAGAAAAUAUCUACUUGUUACCAGUAUUAUCUGCUGUAUGUUUGAAGUCAACCUGAACAGCUAUGUUACUAAUUGUAGCUGCCCAUUAAUGUUAUUCCAUAUUAGAUUCUAGAUUUAAUCAUAGUGCAUUGUGAAUACAAGCAGAGAUGCAAACCUUACACCAUGCCUUUGCUCAGCUUGUUCAGUUUUGGCUCCCAUAUGCACAUUUUUAUAGUGUAGUACAUAUCAAAAUAAAAUAGAACUUCUAAAUAUGCAUAGGAUGAGACUGCAUGGAUAUUGCAAAGCCAUAUUUUGUUUAUCCUCAUGUGCGUUUUGCUAAAUAUCUGUAAUUCAUUUGAAGCAAUCUUUGCUCAGAGCAUUUUAUUUCUGGAAGUAGAUUGCUUUACAUAUAUUUGUGUGUGUAUACUUUCUCAUAGGUAACUACUAAAUUGCCUUCUGGUGGAUCAAUUUUCUAUAAUUGAUAUUCUGAAAUACUGUAAUGCAUUAAUAUAAUGCUACAUCAGAAAGAUUAUUAUACUGAGUCCAAUAGAAGUGUUAUGGAAUUAGUAAAGAUUACAUGAAAUACAUACACUGGAGCCCUAUGUUUAGCUUAAUGGGAACUGCAAGAAUGAAGUUCACAUGGCAUUAGAAUGGUCCAUUUGCUAUGUGAGAGAUUGAAAUAGAGUGGAAUUACUUGACAUUUUAAAAUGUCAAAAACAAUUUUUGUGCAUUAAAACCAUGUUUAAGGUCUGCACUGUUACCUUGUGUGUUUGUUUAAAAAGUGUUGUGAUGUAAGAUAAGCUGUGUACACUGGUUAAGUUGUAAUAAAUGUCCAUUUUUACUCCAUCACUGCCUGUGUAUUAAAAAAAUUCAUGGAAUAUUUGUGUAAGCAGACUACUAAAUAGCCCAAUAUACCAAUAUUGCCUUCUUUUAAAGGUAAGUUAUUAAAAUGUUAUGUAAAUCAUUGUAGCAAUAACAGGCUAUUUCUUUAAAAAGUAAUGGGGCUGCUCAACAUCUGCUCAUUUCUGUUUUACCAGUGCAUGGAAGUAAUCUCUAGUCAUUCGUAACUAUAAUGGACUCUAUAUGUAUGAUACAGCUUUAUAUACUUGGAAAUAAAGCAAUGUUAAACUUACUGAUACCAGUUACUGAAAACUGAAAGACAAAUUUGCCAAGUGAGACCCAUGUUACUCUAUGGUAGCCAAACAUAUGACUUGUAG